GUACGUGCGCGGCCCCGCGGCGGAGACCCGGAUCGGCGGCGCGGUCGGGGCGAGGCGGAGACGGCGGCGAAAGAACGGCGGAGCCCGGGAUAGUUGGAGCGGAGCCCGGAGAUUCCCGGGAGCUCCACGGCCGCCAUCACGGAUUUCCUGUGGGACAAACGCACCGGGCUGGCGGCGAGGACGAUGCCUCACUCCCGAAGGUACCGCUCGUCGGAGCGCAGCAGCCGCGGCAGCUACCACGAGCGAUACAGGAGCCGCAAGCACAAGCGGCGGCGGACGAGGUCGCGCUCCAGCAGCAGCGACCGUGACCGGCGGCACCGGCGCGAGGACAGUUACCACGUGAGGUCCAGGAGCUACGACGACCACUCUGCUGACAGACGAGCCUACACCCGCCGCUACUGCGACACCUACAGGCAGAACGCCUACAGCCGCGAGCGGGGCGACGCUUACUACGAGCCCGAGUACCGUCACUCCUACGAGUACCGGCGCUCCCGGGACCGCGACGGCAGCUACCGCAGCUGCAAGAGCAGCCGGCGCAAGCACAGGCGGAGGCGGCGCCGCAGCCGCUCCUUCAGCCGCUCCUCUCGACAGAGCAGCAGCAGAAGGGCCAAGAGUGUGGAGGACGACGACGAGGGGCAUCUGAUCUAUCGCGUCGGCGACUGGCUACAAGAAAGAUAUGAAAUCAUCAGCACCUUAGGGGAAGGCACGUUUGGCAGAGUGGUGCAGUGCAUCGAUCACAGGAGGGGUGCUGCACGUGUCGCGCUCAAAAUCAUUAAGAACGUGGAGAAAUACAAAGAGGCGGCUCGGCUGGAGAUCAACGUGCUGGAGAAAAUCAACGAGAAGGACCCUGAGAACACCAAUCUCUGUGUCAGGAUGUUUGACUGGUUUGACUACCAUGGCCACAUGUGCAUCUCCUUCGAACUGCUGGGGCUCAGCACCUUUGAUUUCCUGAAGGACAACAACUAUCUGCCUUACCCCAUCCACCAAGUACGGCACAUGGCCUACCAGGUGUGCCAGGCUGUGAAAUUUCUGCACGACAAUAAACUCACUCACACUGACCUCAAGCCAGAGAACAUCCUCUUUGUCAACUCUGACUAUGAACUCUCCUAUAACCUGGAAAAGAAACGGGACGAGAGGAGCGUGAAGAGCACGGCCAUCAGGGUGGUGGAUUUUGGCAGUGCCACGUUUGAUCACGAGCAUCACAGCACCAUUGUCUCUACCAGACACUACAGGGCUCCAGAAGUCAUACUGGAGCUUGGCUGGAGCCAGCCCUGUGAUGUGUGGAGCAUUGGCUGCAUCAUCUUUGAGUAUUAUGUGGGUUUCACCCUGUUCCAGACACAUGACAACAGGGAGCAUCUGGCCAUGAUGGAGAGGAUCCUGGGACCAAUUCCUUCUCGGAUGAUCCGAAAGACGAGGAAACAGAAGUAUUUCUACCACGGCCGCCUGGACUGGGAUGAAAACACCUCAGCUGGUCGCUAUGUUAGGGAAAACUGCAAGCCACUGAGGGAUCCCGCCGCUCUGCAGCCGCGGCCCGGCGCGGAGCGCUCGGCGCUGGACGCUUACAACCCGUUUGAGAGCGGCCCGUCGCCGCCGCCGCCGCCGCCCUACCAGGCCCCGUCGGCUCCUCCAGCGGCCACCGGCGUCCCGCCGCGGAAGGGCAGCCCCACGGAGCCCCGCAACUACGGCUCGUACGGCACGCAGGCUUCGGUGGCGGCCGCCGCCACGGCCGAGCUGCUGAAGCGGCAGGAGGAGCUGGACCGGAAAGCGGAGGAGCUCGACCGGCGGGAGAGGGAGCUGCAGAACGCGGCCCUGGGCGGCAGCGCCGUGAGGCCCAACAACUGGCCCCCGCUGCCCUCCUUCUGCCCUGUGAAGCCUUGCUUCUACCAAGACAUCCCAGUGGAGAUCCCAGCAGACUUCCAGAAGACAGUUUCGACCAUGUAUUAUCUCUGGAUGGCCAGCACCAUUGCUCUCUUCCUCAACUUCCUGUCCUCGCUGGCCUGGUUCUGUGUGGAACCUUCAUCUGGUUCAGGGUUUGGCCUUUCCAUCCUCUGGGCUCUCCUCUACACACCCUGUUCCUUUGUCUGCUGGUACAGGCCCAUGUACAAAGCUUUCAGGAGUGACAGUUCCUUCAACUUCUUUGUCUUCUUCUUUGUCUUCUUUGCCCAGAACGUGAUGUACGUUCUGCAGGCAAUUGGGAUCCCAAACUGGGGCUUCAGUGGUUGGAUAUUGAGCCUGAUAGCACUGAGGACAAACACAGCUGUGGCUGUGAUGAUGAUCCUGGUGGCCCUGAACUUCACAGCAGUGGCUGUGCUGGGCAUCAUUAUGCUGAAAAAGAUCCACUCUCUGUACCGAAGGACUGGUGCCAGCUUCCAGAAGGCUCAGGAGGAGUUUGCAGCCGGGGUUUUCUCCAACCAGGCUGUACGUGCAGCCGCUGCCAACGCCGCCACCGGCGCCUUCCGAGCCCCUUAAACCCCAGCAGGGAGCCCCAAAAGCUUCUCAGCACACCUUAGGGAGAGGGAGAAAAGAAGAGCAAUAUCCCAGUUGCACUUCUCACUGGAUCCCCCCCUGAGGUGUUUGCAUCAGCUGCCAGAGGCUGCCUCAUCCCAGCUUGGAAGUGCUGGUGCCCGACUCGUUUGCUGCUCUCGGUGCCAUUCCCACCCUCCCCCCUCCCCUCCACUUGGUUCUUUUUCCUCCCCUCAUGGAUGAUGGAGGCUGUUGUGGUUUGUUGCUGCUCCUUUUCCCCCCUCAUGGGACUGGGGAAGGAGGUGCAGUGGCCAGGUCUUGUGCCUGUCACCUCUUUCCCUUCCAGCACCAGCUGCUGAGGGCAGGAGCCUCCUCCAGACAUGUGACAGGGACUGGAGCUGGCUGCUCACCUCCCCCAGCCUCUCCUUUCCACUCCUGCUGCUGCCUCUUGUGUGGCUUGGAGCACAAAGGCUUCCCCUGUGCCCACUCCCGGGCUGGGCAGGGCUUUGGCUCAUCCUGGCUGGCUUUGUGGCCUUCCCUUUGGUGGGAGACACCAUUCUCUGCCAAGUUAUCCCCAAGGGUUUGCUUGGGUGGGUUGGGCUUGGCUCAGGAGUGAGGGAGCCAAGGGGGGGCUGUGUGAGGCCAGGGACUGGGAGCCAAGACCCCCAAAGCCGGGCUGGGCACUGAGGAAGGAUCCUGGCACCUCCCUGGCUCCCUCCUCACCCUUGUUGAGGUGUCAGCAGUGCCUCUUUCAUCUCUGCCAGCCCCGUGUCCUCCUCCCCAGCGCCCCUUUGCCCUCCUUGGGGGCUGAGCCUGUCCCCAGGAGCAGCUCUGUGCCCUGCACCCCCCCCAUGUCCCCAGGGGCACUGUCCCCACGUCUUCUGCUUUGCCCCCAUUUCCCCAGCCGUGCUCCAGGGCUCAUCCCUCCUGCUCCCAGCCCGGGGGGAUGCAGCCGGUGGGAGGCUUCGUGCCUUGGGCUGGCGAGAGGCGGAGCAGGGGGCGGAUCCGUGGCCGGGGUGGCCGUGGCGGUGGUCGCAGCCCUCCCCAGCGCCCCCUUCUCCUCCCUGUCCCCCCCAUGUCCCCCGUUGCCUGUUGCUGUGGCCGACGCCGACCCGCCUUCGGGUUUUAUUUAAGGAAUAAAUGACGUUUCACUCC